AUGGAUACAGUCGGUGAUUACGAUGAUAACGAUUAUCCUAUUUGGCAAGAACCGCGGUGCGAACCGUUGGGAGCGCCUAAAGAGACUUUAUGUGAUGAAAACAUUCAGGAUCAAACUCAAGGAGACAGGCUACACGCUUUAGAAGAGGAACAGGAAAUAUUAUCUUCGUCCGUGUUUUCUUUAACGUCACAUCUUGCACAAGUAGAAUUUCGUUUGCGACAAAUUUUGAAAGCCCCGCCGGAAGAAAAGGAUGAAAUGUUGAAAGCUUUGGAAGAAUUUACAUCUCGUGGAGUGCCUGACUCGAGAGCUGCUCCCCAAGGAAGUGCCGGAGAUGUGUCAUGUAGUGAAUGUGUCGAAUUAGAACGAAAAAUACGCCGUCAACGAGCCAAGCAAACUCACUUUAUCGAGAGAUUAAAAACUCAGUUAAAGGAACUAGAACGUUUCGCUGCAAACCCGCCUUCAAGUGGCGAUACUAAACACAGGACCCUAAUAGAUCAUUUACGAACUGAAUUAGAUCAAGGACUUAAAGAAGGAUGCCAUCAGCCAUUGACCGCUGAAGAAUUAAGACAUCAGAUCAACUGCGCUGUCCGUCAGUAUGCUGAUAGGCAACUAUCUAAAGAUGAAAUCAUUGGUAAGUUACAGGGACACAUAGAUGAUAUGCAACAAUUCAUUAAACUGAUGAAAAAUGAAGAGCUAAGUAAAAAUAAAUCACCUCCGGAAAUGAAAAAUUUUGGAAAAUCUGAAAAAUUUGAUAAAACUUUUAGCCGAAGUAAAGGAAAUGAUGAUUUAAGGGCGGAAACUAUAAACUUGAUGAGAAAAGCUUCAAUGUUGAUACAAAUUUUCACAGUAUCACAGUUUGGAUGUUCUUCUAAUAAAAGUAAAAGAUAUGAGGGAAAGUCAUCAAGUAUCAUAACUCACUGGGGUAACUUACGGGCCAAGCUUGAAAUGUCUAUAGACGGUGUACUUCACUUAGUGUCUAGAGAACGACCAACCCACACUAUGAUAGACAAUUAUGAUAGUGAAUCUGAAGAAGGGGGAGUUAUUAUAAAUGAUGCACCACUUACAACUGCUGUAAGAAGACACUUAGCAGUUAACCUAAGGGACUUACUCCACCAUGGACUCACGGGCCCAGAAUCAAGCUCUCUAGUUCCAAUCAUUGGGUGUUUUCCUGUUCGAAGGUCUUCCACUUCUCGCACUACACAUAUCUGGGAGCUAAUCCUGCGCUACUACGACUUAAAUGACGGUGACAGGUUCAACUCAACACCAGCAAGAAAAUUAAGUCAAAGCUUUAACUUAGAUAUAGUUGGAGGUACAGCAAUUACUAAUAAACAAAGUCUUUUAAGUGCUAUCGGUAGUAUUGUAGCUUCACAUACACCGUACAAGAGAAGUUAUGAUGCUCACUUCAAAGCUUUUGUGUGUGCGGCCUUAAAUGUUCAUAAACUAGUUACUUGGUUAAAUAUUAUCUUGAAAAGCAGAUCCUUGAUUGAUGCAUAUUAUUCAUCUACCAGUUAUGUUGUAAAUACAGGUUUUCAGGAUGCCCUACAAAGCCUGGAUCGUUUAACCGCAUACAAUUUUGAUCUGCCUGUUGAUCUUGCUGUUAAACAAUUUCAGAAUAUCAAAGAUGUAUUUAUGUAA